UUAAUCUGGCGACCCUAAAGCCCACACAGGUGACGUUAAAUGUAAAAUGAAAUCUUUGACUGCUGGAUCAGCACAAAGACUUUGUGCCCUGGCAGAAGCUGUCGCUUACCAUUUAUUAGCGGUCGGUGAUAAAGAUGCUAACUACCUGUUAGAAGAAACCUUUCCUGCUCUUGUCCAUCCCUGUGCUUCCGCGCCACCCUGCCUUUUUCUCUCGAGUGGAGAACAGCUCCGUGCCAGUCCAGGACGGACUCUUUCUCAUGAUCGUUGGACAAGUUUUGGAAAUGCUUGAUAGCACUCGCCUUCCUCCUCUUUCAGGAUUUCAGAUGCAUGCCAGGUUCCCACUGAAUGCCAGAAGUAGAGAUCACUACAGAUGGAGCCCCAAAGUCAACAUGGCAGUGGUGGUUCACUAGUGGUGAUUCAGCAGCCCUCCUUGGACAGCCGGCAACGGUUGGACUAUGAAAGGGAGAGCCAGGCAACAACGAUCUUGUCACUGGACCAGAUCAAGGCGAUCAGGGGCAGCAACGAAUACACCGAAGGUCCAUCUGUGGUGAAAAAACCUGGGCCACAGACAGCGCCAAGGCAAGAGAAGCAUGAAAGGACUCACGAAAUGAUACCAAUUAAUGUGAAUAAUAAUUACGAACACGGACCCAGUCACGUGGGGCACGUGGCACAUCAGCAUAAUGCGAGGGCUCCCGUCUUGAGCAGGUCAACCAGCACGGGGAGCGCAGCCAGCUCUGGGAGCAACAGCAGUGCUUCCUCAGAGCAAGGGCUGCUGGGACGGUCACCUCCAUCCAGGCCGGGCUCAGGCCACAGAUCCGAUCGGACAAUCCGGAUGCAGCCCAAGCAGUCGUCUCUGAUUGUAGAUGAUCUGAAGAGUCCUUUGAAAGAGGACUUGACGCAGCACAAGUUUAUCUGCGAACAGUGUGGGAAGUGCAAGUGCGGUGAGUGCACGGCCCCGAAGGCCCUCCCUUCUUGCUUGGCCUGCAACCGGCAGUGCUUGUGCUCUGCAGAGAGCAUGGCGGAGUACAGCACCCGCAUGUGUUUGGUCAAAGGGAUCUUC